GUGUAACUAAAGCAAAGGCGAAACUGUGUUGAUUGAGUACAGUCAACGUUUUACGUAUUUCAAUUAUUAUCACAGUUUUCACAUCGAUAUCAAUAUCUUAAUAUUAUUUAAUAUUUUUUUUUAUUAAGAUAAUAUUUUAGGAUACAACACACGUGUACUAAGAUAGCUCAGCGCAAUGGUCGUUGUAUCAAUUAAUCAGGGAAAGCUGAAAGGUGGAGAGGCAAUAAGUGAUAAUGGUGUGCCAUAUUACGAAUUCUUGGGGAUCCCAUACGCGAAACCCCCAGUUGGACACUUGAGGUUUAGGAAUCCUCAGCCUCCAGAGUCUUGGGAUGGCGAAAGAGACGCGACGGCUAUUAAUGAAGACAAUAUAUGUUGUCAGAUAGAUAUGGUAAAAGGCAGCCAAAUAGGAAGCGAGGACUGCCUUUACCUUAAUGUCUACACCCCGAAGUUACCUGAUAAUACUAAGCCUUUACCAGUUAUGGUUUUUGUUCACGGAGGAGGUUUUAUUUAUAACAAUGGUAUUGUCAAGAAAGAUUUGGGUCCAGACUACUUGAUUGACAAUGACGUAGUCGUUGUUACUUUUAAUUAUAGAUUGGGUGUACUUGGUUUUCUAUCAUUGGAUAUUCCUGAAGCCACUGGGAAUAUGGGAUUAAAAGAUCAAGUACAAGCUCUUAAGUGGGUCCAAAAUAACAUUAGUCACUUUGGUGGAGAUCCCAAGAACAUUACAAUAUUCGGAUUAAGCGCUGGAUCAGCAUCAGUUGACUACCUUAUUUUAUCACCAUUAUCAAAAGGUCUUUUCCACAGAGCAAUUCUUCAGUCAGGCUCCAGCCUUAACCAUUGGGCGAUUAAUUAUGAACCAAAAAAUGCAGUAUAUAAACUUCUAGAAAAAAUGGAAUAUAACGGAUCUACUCAGGACGAUCGUGCUAUAUACGAAUAUCUUAUGAAAAGUCCUCUUUCCAAAUUGAUAGAAGCAAGUUACAAGGUCGUUGACAAUUAUACUGCAAAUAGAAUGUCUUUUGUCUUCGUACCAACUGUUGAAAAAGAAUUUGGGGAUAGCGAAGCAUUUAUAACUGAUAAACCCUAUAAAUUAUUUAAAGAGGGCAGAUUUAAUUAUGUCCCGGUCAUCAAAGGAUUUUGUAAUAAGGAAGGUUAUUUAAGUAUUUUGUUAAAGCCUAACAUUAUCCUUGAUGUGAUAGAAAAUAAAAAUUUCAUUGAACACUGGGCGUACGAAAUAAAAGCAAGUGACAAAAAUAAAUUGAACGCAGACUUCUCAGAAGCUUAUUCAGAAAACAUACAGCCCGAUGAUGAAAGCGACAAAAUAGGAGUAGACUUCUUCACUGACUACGAUUUUACGUCAGGAAUUUGGUUAAGCGGAAAAAUGAUGGCAAAAAAAGGUGUUCCUGUAUAUUUUUACGAAUUCUGUUACGAAGGAAAAAUGAACUUUUUCCAGCACUUCUUCGGAGUGCUGCGAAAGGGCGCAGCUCAUAGUGAUGACUUGUGUUACGUUUUCAAACACGAUAUCUCUAAAUUUGGUGAAGCAAAAGACAAAGAAGUAAGGGCAGAUAUUUGUAAAAUGUGGACCAAUUUCGCUAAAACAAGCAAUCCUACAUCAAGAGACAUAUCUAUUGAAUGGACUGAGUAUAAAGAAGACUUACCAGCUUACCUCUGUAUUGAAGAAAACUUUUCAAUAAAAACUGACUAUAAACCCAAAAAUAUGGCUAUUUUCGAAGAAAUUUAUGAAAAGAAUGAGAAUAAUAUAUAA